CAUUAAAAAUCGGAGUCCCAAAAUCCGGCCUAAAAUCAAGACAAUUAUGAACAGCUACAAAAAUCAUACACUGAAACCUCCAGCAAGCGACUCUGCAAAAGAGUACUACAGUUUGGUGAACUCGCAUGCACCCAAAAAGAGAUUAAACAAGUUCAAUUACGUGUUAUAUGAUAGUAAGGGGAAUAAUAUGUCUGCUAACCGGUCAACUAAUAGGGAAAGUUCCUUGAAGAACUCGGCUUCUGACCUGAACUUCACCAAUAGCCAACUUUUCCCCUCUGUCGAAAAUAUCUCUGAUAAGUUAGAAUCGUUGAAAUAAAUUUGAUGAUGAGACUUCAAAAAUGUUUAUUGAUGCGAGGAAAAAGAAAAAGAAGCGAUACAAAAAGGUAGUCUCCCCUAAACAGAAUUUUAACUUUGACAAAAGAGUUUAUUAUAACAACACAGAGAGGGAUCAUCAACUUAACCAAUUUAUGAAAUUGAAUAAAAUUGUCGGCAAAGAGUUCAAUAUUUCUAACAGAAGAGCUAGGUCGAAUCUCAGAACGAAGGAGCUCUUUACAAAAGAUUGGCAGAAGACUGACAAAAAGCAGAGGUUAAAAACUCAAAUAGAGAUGCUUGAACAAGAAUUAUUCAAGUAAAGAUUCUGAUUUUGUGAAUACUAAAGUUCUCCUUUAUUAGAU